AUGUCAAUUAAAGAAGAUUUUUACAACAACUUAAGCUCUGUGUUGUCAAGUGUCCGAAAAGGUGACAUCGUCAUUAUUCUAGGCGACUUCAAUGCCCAAGUUGGAAACGACAACACAUCGCUACAAGAUGUCAUGGGAGUUCACGGCAUUGGCAGAAUAACUGAAAAUGGCCGUAUGCUCACCGAAAUGUGCGCUACUAAUAAUCUGGUUAUUGGUGGCACGUUACUUCCCCAUAAGUACAUACACAAAGUGACUUGGGUGUCGCCGGACUCGCACACGGAAAACCAAAUUCACCAUAUUCUGAUCAGCAAAAAAUGGAGAGGCUCACUGCUCGAUGUAAAGAACAAGCGAGGCGCAGAUAUAGGAAGCGACCACUACCUUAUUUUGACUACCCUACGUCUUAAAGUAGCAGCAGUCAAGAGGGAGAAUAAACAAACACGAAGGCACAAUAUAUCGCAGUUGAAGGUGGCCGAAGUGGCAAACGCAUACAUUGAUGCUCUGAAGUCAGCUGAAAGAAACAACCGUGGUGAGUCGCGUGAUCACUGGCCCGGUAUUAAAAACAUUUUUAUAACUGCUGCUAACAACCACAUUGGUUACAUCAAAACAAACCGAAAAGAAUGGAUAUCCGACGAAACUUGGAAUCUUAUUCAACAACGGAAAGCUGCCAAAGCCGCAAUCAAUACCGCUAGAACUCGAAGCGCGAAGCUUGAUUCGCAGAGAAAACACAACUUACUAAAUCGCAUGGUUAAAAGAAGCGCGCGUUGCGACAAAAGAAGACGAAUCGAAAACAUUGCUAAAGAAGCACAGGCCGCAAGCGAGACAUACUGCAGCAGGGGCCUGUAUAAAACAGUGAAGCAGCUAGCGAACCGCCCGUCUACCACUAGUAAGCCAAUCCGAGACGAGAAUGGUUCGCUUGCCAGCUCAAGUAACGACCAACUCAAAGUCUGGGAAAACUUUUACAAAACUCUACUCUCCAACACUGACACGCUGAUAACGAUAGCGUCCGGACGGAAUGCCCCUCCAUGA